UCAUGAAUAUCCCAUCCAUCCCAUAUCCAUAUCACCUCUCUUUGUACAUAUUUCUACAUCAUUCAUUCAUAUAAAACUCGCUUUAUUGAUGAACAAACCCUAGAUGUUUUAUCCAUCAUUCAACGCCUCAAACCCACAAACGCCCUGAUUUCAAAUCCUCAAUUUCUGCCUCAAGAUCCACUUUACUUCCCAAACCCACUUCAGGUGUUCACUGGAAUUGGUUUCUUUUCCACAAAAUUCUUUUGGGUUAUUUAGGGGCUUUUGAAAGAUGCAAUCAAGGUCGUAUACCAAUCUUUUAGAGUUGGCUUCAGGGAAUUUCCCUGUCAUGGGUCGAGAAAGGGAGAAACGGAGGCUGCCGAGGAUAAUGACUGUUCCCGGAAGCAUCACCGAGCUUGAUGAUGAGCAAGCUAGUAGUGUUGCAUCUGAUAAUCCUUCUUCCCUUUCUAUGGAUAGAAUGAUUAUUGUGGCUAAUCAAUUACCAUUAAAGGCCAAAAGAAGACCUGAUAAUAAAGGUUGGAGUUUCACUUGGGAUGAUGAUUCUUUGCUUUUGCGACUCAAAGAUGGUUUUCCAGAUGAUAUGGAAGUUCUAUAUGUUGGUUCCUUGAGUGUUGACGUUGAUCCUAUUGAACAAGAUGAUGUUGCUCAAGUUUUGUUGGAUCGAUUCGGAUGUGUCCCAACCUUCCUUCCACCUAAUCUAAUGGAAAAGUAUUAUGAUGGUUUCUGCAAAAAGCAGUUGUGGCCUCUUUUCCAUUACAUGUUGCCGUUUUCUGCUGAUCAUGGAGGGAGGUUUGAUCGAUCCAUGUGGGAAGCGUAUGUUGCAGCAAAUAAGUUAUUUUCCCAGAAAGUUAUUGAAGUGAUUAAUCCAGAGGAUGAUUUCGUUUGGAUUCAUGAUUAUCAUUUAAUGGUCUUGCCUACUUUCUUAAGAAGGCGUUUUAAUCGGUUGAGAAUGGGUUUUUUUCUUCACAGUCCAUUCCCUUCUUCCGAGAUUUACAGGACACUUCCUGUUAGAGAAGAAAUCCUCAAAGCUUUACUCAACUCUGACCUAAUUGGUUUCCACACAUUUGAUUAUGCUCGACAUUUCCUUUCUUGUUGCAGCCGGAUGUUUGGUUUGGAGUAUCAAUCAAAGAGGGGAUACAUAGGGUUAGAUUAUUAUGGACGAACGGUUGGGAUUAAGAUAAUGCCCGUCGGAAUACAUAUGGGACAAAUUGAGUCGGUGAUGAAACUUGCUGAUAAGGAGUGGAGAGUUGAGGAGCUCAAACAGCAAUUUGAAGGGAAGACUGUGCUGCUUGGAGUUGAUGAUAUGGAUGUUUUUAAAGGUAUCAAUUUGAAGCUUUUAGCAAUGGAACAAAUGCUCAAGCUGCAUCCAUCAUGGCAAGGCAGGGCUGUUCUUGUGCAAAUUGCAAAUCCCGCAAGAGGUAAAGGUGGGAUAGAUUUGGAUGAAAUACAGGUCGAGAUCCAGGAAAGCUGCAAGCGAAUUAAUGAUGAAUUUGGUAAGCCGGGGUAUCAGCCAAUUGUUUAUAUAGACACGCCUCUUGGAAUUGGUGAAAGGGUUGCUUAUUACAGCGUAGCAGAGUGUGUUGUUGUCACUGCUGUACGGGAUGGGAUGAACUUGACUCCUUACGAAUAUAUCGUUUGCCGGCAUGGAGUUUCAGGAUCAGAAGCGAAUUCAGAUCUUGGUGGUCCUAAAAAGAGCAUGUUGGUUGUAUCAGAGUUCAUUGGGUGUUCUCCUUCCCUGAGCGGCGCAAUUCGUGUCAACCCAUGGAAUGUUGAAGCAACUGCUGAGGCUAUGAACGAGGCUGUAUCUAUGAGUGAUCCUGAAAAACAAUUGCGGCAUGAGAAGCAUUACCGUUAUGUUAGUACCCAUGAUGUGGCCUAUUGGUCUAGAAGCUUCUUGCAAGAUAUGGAAAGAACUUGUGCUGAUCAUUUUAGGAAAAGAUGUUGGGGAAUUGGUUUGGGAUUUGGGUUCAGAGUUGUGUCUCUAGACCCUAAUUUCAGGAAGCUUUCGAUAGACGACAUUGUGUCAGCUUACAUAAAGGCUAAAAACAGGGCAAUACUGUUGGACUAUGAUGGGACAGUAAUGCCUCAAAAUUCGAUCAUUAAGACACCAAGUAGAGAAGUUAUCUCAAUCAUCAACAGACUUUCUGGAGAUGCAAAGAAUACGGUAUUUAUUGUUAGUGGAAGAGGUAGAGAAAGCUUAAGCAGGGCAUUUUCUCCUUGCAGGAAACUUGGAAUUGCAGCUGAACAUGGCUACUUCAUGAGGUGGUCUCAAGACGCUGCAUGGGAAACCUGUGGUCAGAGUACUGAUUUUGGAUGGAUGCAAAUGGCUGAGCCUGUGAUGAAACUGUAUACAGAGUCGACUGAUGGUUCUUCUAUCGAAACCAAAGAAAGUGCAUUAGUAUGGCAGUAUCGAGAUGCAGAUCCAGGCUUUGGAUUCGCUCAGGCUAAGGAAAUGUUAGAUCAUCUCGAGAGCGUCUUAGCAAAUGAACCUGUCGCUGUCAAGAGUGGUCAAUAUAUCGUUGAAGUCAAGCCUCAGGAAGCCAGUAAAGGUCUGGUAGCAGAGAAGAUCUUCACAUCAAUGGCUGAAAAAGGGAAACAAGCCGAUUUCGUUCUUUGCAUUGGUGACGACAGAUCUGAUGAAGAUAUGUUUGAAAUCAUCGGAAAUGCACUCUCAAGAAACAUGCUUUCCGUGAAUACCACCGUGUUUGCCUGCACGGUUGGACAGAAGCCUAGCAAAGCCAAAUACUACCUGGAUGACACCAGUGAAGUUAUUCUAAUGCUUGAAAAUCUUGCCGAAGCCACCGACACUCCGGUCACAUCCGACGAUGAAAACGACGGUUCCCCUUAAAAACUUGUUAUCUCAUAAAUGUCCUCUUUUUAUUGAUGAAAAAUUCAAUGUUGCUGGUAAAAGUACAUUAUUCUUACUUAGGUCAGUAGAGUUUUAGGGUUUAAGGGCAAGGCUUGGUGUAUUUAGUAAGGUUGUUGACUUUUUGACCAGAAGGUCAUAGGUUUGAGUCAACUGAGAUUCCUUGGUGCACCUAGGUUACCCAUUUUUUAAGCUUCUUUUUCUUUUGGUGUUCAUUCUUCCAAUCUUUAUAAAGAUGGAAAUAUUAGUCUUGUUUGUUUUUGAACAAAUGUUAUAGCAAUUUGAAGUUGGUUGCAAAAAC